ACCGGAUAUGACGUUGUUUUGACUGAUCUAAAAUGGCGACAAUCGUGUGCUAGUCAAAACACAACGUACGAGCACGACUUCAAAUAAACAUACAAAGAAAAGAAACACUUGUACGAAGGAGGUACCACCCUCUGCUUAUUUGUUGGAUCAUACCAAGGUUUAGUCAUGACCGAGCAGCCCGCCGCCACUGUGAGCUCGGAGGGGAUCGUGGGCCUGGAUGAGCCCAAGAAGAUGACCCGGGAGGACUGGAGGAAGAAGAAGGAGUUGGAGGAGCAGAGGAAGCUGGGAAACGCUCCAGCUGAGGUGGACGAGGAGGGAAAGGACAUUAACCCUCACAUCCCACAGUACAUUUCAUCAGUGCCAUGGUACAUCGACCCAUCCAAAAGGCCAACAUUAAAGCAUCAGAGACCACAAGAUGAGACUGAGCUACCAUACUCAUCUGUUGGAGAGUGGUACAAAAGAGGAGUGCAAGAGAAUAAUGUCACGACUAAAUUUCGAAAGGGAGCUUGUGAAAACUGCGGUGCCAUGACGCAUAAGAAGAAGGACUGCCUGGAGCGACCAAGAAAAGUUGGGGCAAAGUUCACAGGCACAGGCAUAGCUCCAGAUGAACACGCUCAGGUACUGCUCGACUUGGACUAUGAUGGGAAGCGGGACCGCUGGAACGGGUAUGAUCCUGAGGAACAUCAGCGCAUUGUGGAAGAGUACGCCAAAGUAGAUCUGGCCAAAAGGACUCUGAAGGCACAAAAGCUCCAGGAUGAGCUGGCCUCUGGAAAACUGGACACAAGUGAGCGGGAACAUGACAGUGAGGAUGAGGAUGAAGAUAAAUAUGCGGACGACAUCGACAUGCCUGGCCAGAACUUCGACUCGAAGAGACGAAUCACUGUCAGGAAUCUACGUAUCAGAGAAGAUACAGCCAAAUACUUGAGGAAUUUGGAUCCAAACUCGGCAUACUACGAUCCAAAGACUCGAGCUAUGAGAGAGAACCCGUACUCCAACACUGGCAUGAACCCUGAUGAAGUUGGGUAUGCUGGAGACAACUUUGCUCGCUAUUCUGGGGACACAAUCACUAUGGCUACAACACAAUUAUUUGCCUGGGAGGCCUAUGAGAGAGGCUCUGAGGUGCAUCUGCAGGCUGACCCCACCAAGCUGGAGCUGCUGCACAAGUCCUUUAAGGUCAAGAAGGAAGACUUCAAAGAGACACAGAGGGACAGCAUCCUGGAGAAGUACGGAGGUGAAGAGCACUUGGAUGCACCACCCCGGGAGCUGCUCUUGGCUCAGACAGAGGACUAUGUGGAGUACUCUCGACACGGUGCUGUGCUGAAGGGGCUCGAGAAGGCCGUGGCUCGUUCCAAGUAUGAGGAGGACGUGCUCAUCAACAACCACACGUGUAUUUGGGGCUCUUACUGGAUUGACGGCUUCUGGGGAUACAAGUGUUGUCACUCCAUGGUCAAACAAAGUUACUGCACAGGAGAGGUUGGAGUUGGAAUUAACAAUACAGACUGUGUCCCAUUUGAAGAGGGGCUAAUCGAGGAACAGGAGGAAGAAGAGCCAAAGUCUCUGCUGGAGAUGCAUCUAGAUAAAAUGAAGGAGAAGAAGAAGAAAAAGAAGAGUAAAAAGAACAAGAAGCACCACUCUGACAGUGAGUCAGAAGACGAGGAGAAGAAAAAGGAGAAGCUGAAGAAGGCGCUGGAAGCUGAGGACAAGAGGGUGAAGCACAUAGAGGCCAUAAUGCAGCUGGAUGAGAGGAAGAGGCCAUACGCCAGCCUGACGGAAGUGAAGGCGCCCACUGAGGAGGAGAUGGAGGCUUUCAGAAUGAAACGCUGCCGGCCAGAUGAUCCCAUGGCCUCUUUCCUGGGACAGUGACCACUGUAGAUAUCUAUUGACUUACCUGAAUCCUCCCAAAGGACUCAACCGAAGCAGCUGUUCAGUGAAAAAAAAAUCUCAUUAAACUCAGCUGUCAUCAUGUACAUUUACUUCUGGACCGUCCUGUUUGGUAACCAGUUUAACAGAACGUUUGUACAGUGUUUUUGAUAAUUUUAUCUUGCUUUUUUUUUGUUUUUAUUGAUGCUCAAAGUUGGACAAAGAAGAAAAAUGAUUUUGUCUUGUAUUAGUUCCCUUAAACUUGAGGGGCCACCCUCAAUUUUACGUAAUUUGACAAACAACAUUUGACUGAUGUUACUGCAUCCUUUUUAAUAAAAAAUGAAACUAAA